AUGCCCUUUGAGAUAAAGUGGAUGAUCAAGAGAAUGGUUGGAUGGAGUAUACUGUCAGCUGAUUGCAUUCCAAACAGUUGUAUCAUUAACAUCUACAAUGAAAGAGAUUGCAUUCCCCCGCACAUAGACCAUCAUGAUUUCGUGAGGCAUUUCUGCAAGGUGUCCUUCAUGAGUAAGAGCAACAUACUUUUUGGAAAAGAAAUCGAUGUUAUUGACCCCGGGGAGUUCAGGGGAUCUGUUGAGAUUCCACUACCGGUAUGUUCAGUACUAAUUCUCAAAGGAAAUGGAACUGACCUCGCCAAGCACUGCAUCCCAGAGGUACGACAUCGCAGAGUGUUUGUGACUUUCAGAAGGAUGGACAACAACAAAAUGCCAUAUAGAUUCCAACCAGAUCUAGAGUUGGAGGGGCUCCGCCUGUACGAGCUAUGA